GAAAACCAAUACUCAAACGUCAUGUAAUAACUACUGUCUUAAUAAUAUCAUGUUUGUCAGCACUGUUUUCUCUGUCUGCUGCUUUAGUAAAACAUACUACCUAACUAACGUUAACCGGACAUCUUCUGUGUAGCGUUAGCGUCGUACUGGUGAGAUUGACAGUAGCUAUCUUGGCGAUAAGGAAGUUUAUCUUCACGUUUUUGGACCAGAUCCCAGCUUUUUUGACUUUGGGAUUCUUGACCCACUGACAGACAGCUGGAGAAGUUGAAGAAGAGUACAGAGGAGACCACGAAGCAGCUGGACACCUAUUGAAACUGUGUGGAGGAUGUCUUCACCAAUAUACUACAAUCAAGACAGUGUUACCCGCUUCAAGAAAAGAAAAGCUCGUUUCUCUUUCAGUGAAGUCCACAUACUGUUGGAUGAAGUAAGGAAGCAUCGUAUGGUUGUUGUGGGCAAAUUCAAUCGUGGUGUGCCAACUGACAUGAAGAAGCGCACAUGGGCAGAGAUUACUGCGCGUGUCAAUGAGAUCGGGGAGUGCCAACGCGAAGUCAUCGAGGUCAUCAAGAAAUGGUCUGACCUUAAGUGUGACACCAAGCGGAAAGUGGCUGCCAUGCGGUCAGGGACUGUGCCCAAUAGGGGCCUCAAUUCACGUCUUUCACGAGACCUUAAUCAGACAGAGAAAAUAGUGCUUCAGAUCCUGGAGAUGGACGAGGAAGACCAGAGUAUGAGUGACUUUGGCCCACUGGGAGAUGACGAUGAUGUGCCAGAGGAGGAAGAAGAAAUGGAGGAGGAGGAUAUGAUAGGAAUGCAGAGUUCCCCUAACGGCGGGUUGGACUUGACGUCUAUGCCCCCGCCAACCUCUUACAGCAUGAGUGGACUUGCACAGUCAGGGGACUCAUCACAACCUGCCUUUGAUCUGCAAUAUGAAGUACCUGCGACAGAAGAUACCGAAGCUGCAUUUGGAGACUCAGAUGAUGACCAAAGGGAGGAAGUGAUUCCUCCCACUCAGACAGCAAAACCAACAGAGGAGCAUCAAGGAAACAACGGCAUCCAGAAACAAGGACAACCUCAGUGCUCCGGACCUACAACGUCAACAGCCACACUUUUGAUGCCAGGUCAGCCCGCACAGAACAUGAGGGACAGCAUGCUGCAUAAUGCAUCGCUGAGCCUUCAAGAGCAGCACGCCACCAACAUCCUGCUUGAGACGGUUUCCCGCUCCCUGGAGCUACUGUCUGAGUCGGUUCAGCAGCUGGCAGAGACUCAACAGGAGUUCGUGCGGGAGUCGCUGCAGCUCCAGCGGGAGACGGUGCAGGUUCUCAGAGACUUCACAGGUGGAGCCAUUGCACUCAUGCAUGACAAACUGAAUGGACGGCCAGCAUUAUAGCAACAAAGCCUCAGAGUUGUUAAGUUGUAUCACUGACUUCAUACAUGGCCUUCAGGCGCAGGAACUUUUAAGUUCCUUUGGACUCCUCCACAGGUUACUGUACUUUUUGAUAGUACUCAACAGAUUUUCUGUGGCUAUAUUUUAAAACUGCAUUCGUAGAAACGUAUUGAUGGAAUUGUUGUCUGCGUGGUUACAUGAAAAUGGAUUGAGAAAAUAACCCAUUUUAGCCAUAAUGAAAGAAGAUGUGGAGGGUGUUUUUUUUGCUACUGAAAGUGAGCCUCCUACCACUUGCAUUGUAAAACCUUUUUUUAUUAAGCAUACACCACUUUUAAAGCCUUUGCAUUCUUUUAAUGUUGACAUGCAAAGAAUGAAUCUCUAAUUUUGAAAAGUCGGUCAAAUCCAUUUGUGUGUCCUUGUAUAAGUUAUAGCUUUCUCUUGCAUCAGUGUCUGGAGAUUAUCACAUGUACUGUAAUGGUAAGUGGGUUUCUGCACCUGACCAUUAUAUGGUCCAUAUGUCUGAAAGCUAAACAUGGUGUGUUAAUACUUUGAAAAUACCUGUAACUGAAUCAUUUGUGAUUGUCUGUUUGUUUUUUUUUGUUUGUUUGGUUUUUUUUUACAUUACAAACAUGAACACUUGAAUAUGAAAGUUUCAAUUUCUUUUAAAACAUGGAAUAAACCCCUCAUGUAUUUAAACAGAACAAAAGUGGACGUAAUUCAUAUAUCCACUCAUUAGAAAGUGUAAAUCCAUCCGGAUUCAGGAGCUGCACUUUCUCAUCCAGGGCUUUAUUGUUUUAUAAACGAAAUCUACACCAAUCAGCCACAAAUUUAAAACCAGUUACUGGUUUUAAAUUUGUGGCUGAUGCGUGUAUCUUGACAUCUCUAGACUGGGUCUAGUACAAAUUCCCUCGUUUUGUUGAUUAAAAAUAAUCUGACUUCACUGAAGAUAGUAGAUUGUCAAUAAUCAACACAUCUUAAAUUUGAAAAUAUGAACUGCUUCACAGACUGAUUGUCCAAAUAAACUUACAAGAGAAACCUUAGAAGUAUAAAAACUAGAAUAAAAUAAAAAUGAC